AUGGAUUUCCGGACUCCUUCUGAGCUGACAGGUCCCAAUAUUGAAUCGCGCAACGCUACAGUGUCGUCACACAGAGAGGACCAACCUCAUGAACCGACUCAAGACAUCGUUGUCAUCAAGACGAACGCCACUGCGAGCUCUGCAGAACCUCAACUCUGUUCUGAGGAGCAUCCUGUGCAGCAAUCAGUGCUGUCUUCUACUUGUGCAGCGCCCGUCGACACGUGGGUCAUGAAGUCGUCUCUCUCCAGCGUGCUCGAAGAUAACAAAGCUCUUCUUUCGUCUUUACUAAAGGAAUUCCAGAAGUUAAAUGAUAACCUUGAGAGAAUAGCACAAGUACUUGAUAACGAGCACGCCGGACAGCCAAUACCCGAGCCCAAUACUGGCACUGUCGUACCCAAUUUAACCGCGUCUGCUGAGAGUUCGAAACCGGUAGAUCCUGGGCAUGAGCCGCCACAGAUCGAUCAUAUCUCAGAGCACGUUUCACAAAAUCAAGGUGAGCGACCUGCUGAUGGAGAAGAUAUAGACCGCGCCAACAACUCUGGGGUAUCUCGUAGUGAACCUGAGCAGCUUCUGGAGAGUACCGUUGCAUGGCGUUUGACCCACUCAACGCAGGAAGAAUUCGAUCACCUCCGUGAUAGACUCAUCUCAGGAUUACGCUCGGGUUUGCGUUUGGGAUCUUGUCUGUCAAUUGAACUUCCUGAUGAUCUCGCCGGAAGACAAGCCCGUCUUCGCUCAGCAUGGCCGGGUUUCGCAACUUGCAGAGACUUGUGGGCGAAAUACUCUCAUCAUUCCAAGGCCUCAUUUUUCCAUCCUCUACAUCCUUAUGAUUCCUUGAAUGUCGGUCUGAUCACCUGUAUGUUUUUGCGCCUGUUUGGCCCAGCAAUCGAAGAUGGUGGCCAGCCUCCCAUCAUUUAUGUCAUGGGACUGCUGAGAAGCUACUUUUUAAAUGCGACACACGAGUGGCACUUCCGCACCGCGACCUCAUGGUUUUGGCUGCUGAAAGGUCUCCCGAGCUACGUUACCUUCGGCUUUAGCGUGCGCGGUUUUAGACUCUUACGAAAGGUGCAUGACUAUAACUCCCUCCAUCCCGAAUCAAGCAUUCUUGGAAUGCAGCUACAACGACAACCAGGACAACAAGUAAAUAUCCAAUGGCCGCAAGGCGAAGGCCAGCAGCCCAAUGUCGUUGAAACUCGAGACUGCUUUUUGAUGGUGGUAUACUCAGCUGGUCCAUUUUCCACAAUCCUACGCUUGAAUGAUGACCCCUUGCCCAUGGAGGGAAUCGCAGUCAGUCUAGUACCGCCAUUCGCGGGAGUGCUCAUGGGUAUUGCUCAAGACAUAGUAGGUCAGUGCGUGAGGAAUUGGAUUGCCUUGAUGGACGAGAUAGACGAGAGGUUUGGUACCAAUGAUUACGCGAUUGAUGUUUGGCAGAUCGUGGAAGUGUCAAAUGAUCAAGCAUUGAAUGAUCUUAUGUAUGACGACUUAAACCUUUCAAGGAGCAAAUCUUACUUCACCUUGCUUCAACACCUUCGCAUAUAUCGACAAUGGGCCCAGAACACGCGACGGGAUCUUGAAGUGUGGAACCAGAUGACUCUGGAGCGUAUACAGAGGAUCUGCGUCGAGUGGAAUUCUCCAUGGAAAGUGACUGAUUCACAAAGAAACGAGCUCUCACAGGAUUGGCAGAAGAGAGUAGAUACCAUGAAGGUGAAACUCGACCAUGUUUUGCAACGUAUCAAGCAGAAGGAGGAGGAUAUAGUGGUACUUAGAGAAGGACUUUUUACGGCUACAGCCAUCCGCGAGGCUAGACAAGGAACACUACUCAAUCGUUACGUGUUUGUUUUCACUGUGGUGACAGUUAUAUAUCUACCGCUGACCUUUGUCACGGGAUUUUUCGGGAUGAACAACCUUGACAAGACAAGCCUGCUCUUGUCUUUGACACCAUUCGCGAUUAUGCUAGUACCAGUCGCCCUGGGAACAUAUGCCCUGACAAUUGGGACUUUAUGGUGGUAUGCAAAUUAUCGAAAGCCAACCGCCAGCCGCAGCAAUAACCACCCGAAGUUGGGUGCUUCCUCCUCAGAACCACAAAAGAAGCAAACAAGGGGUUCUAGCAGCAGACCCGAGACUGCAGCCAAACGAACAGGUGUGUGGAGAAGAAGAAAGCCGGAAACGACAGACCCAAACACGGUUGUAUGA